UGUACUUCACCAUUUCAGAACAGAGUACCCUCUUCGAAGCAAUAAUGAAACAUACACUUGUGAUUUUAAUUUCAUUGAUUUUCUUCAACCCAUUUCUGUUAUUAUCAGCAGGUGCAAACUCCGAUCAUGAACAGUGCAAGUCAUGGCUCGUCCAGUCCAUUCCUACCGACAUGCCCCAUCUCUCUCUCGUUCCCGGUGUUCUCGCCACUGGGGAUGUGUUUAGAUGGUUAGCUGGAAAUUCUUCACAUAAACUGGAUAUAAUGGCUCAGUACUGGCAGUUAAUAGCUCGUCCCGAUGACCCUCGGUCCGGAGAUUACGGAUACUCGAAAGAGAGUAUGCAGAAAUUUGGUUCUGGUGAUGGGUCCAGUGUGUAUAAAUCUAUUGAAGACGCCGCUGAUCGGAAUGUUAAUAUUCGGCUUUUGCAGCAUUCGGGAGUGUACCCUGAUUAUACCGAAGAACCCUCUAACCUUGCUUCGGGGAGGCCCAAUGUAAAGAAUGUAACGUUGUUGAUUAGUGAUUGGUUUGAGUCAGGGGUGCUACAUGCUAAAGUUUGGAUUUCAGAUUCUCGAGAUGUUUAUAUUGGGUCGGCUAAUAAUGACUGGAAAUCUCUUACUCAGGUGAAGGAAUUGGGAAUCUAUCUUGUUGAUUGUCCAGCUAUAGCAACAAAAGUUGAGACGUUCUAUAAUAACUUAUGGAAACUUGGUUUUUUAAAUCAUUCGACGUACACAACAAAGAUAUGGGAUGAGCAAUGGCAGAUCCGUAGAACAGUACCUUGUUGGUCACAUUUUAUACCAUCUAAAGGAAGGUGCAGCUCCCCUCUUCCUCAUUAUGUAGAGGUUCCUCACACAAUUGGCUAUCCAAUGCUAACGGAUCCUUCAACUUUUCAUAUACCAAUUCAGACGCCUGGAUUCAACUAUUCGAAUUCACAGCCUUUGUUAAGCUAUUUAUCCUUUGCUCCACCAGAGAUCUCGUUUGGGAAGUACCAAACAGACGAACAAGCUUGGGUUGACACUAUUAAAUCUGUAAGCGAUGGGGAAACUGUGAGAAUCAGUACCAUGGAUUGGCUUGGUCAAUCGGAAUACGCAACACAAACGGUUUACUGGUCAGCUUUAUCCACAGCAAUUUCAGAGGUUGUUUUCUCGAAGCAUGCAAAAGUGAAGAUACUUGUAGCGUACUGGGCGCAUUUUAUCAGCAACACAGAUCAAUAUUUGAAGUCACUUCUAUACGCUAAUAAUUUAUGCUCUUCGUCACCAUACAACAAUUGUUCUGGGAAGAUUGAGAUCAAAUACUAUAUGGUUCCAGGUUUUAAUUCGACUGGGCCUGCCAUUAGUAAUGGGUCGAGUACAGGAUAUAAAUAUCCUGGUUACACUCGAGUGAACCAUGGAAAAUACGCAGUUAGUGACAAGCGAGCACAUAUUGGGACCAGUAAUUUGAUGUGGGAUUACUUUUACGCAACGGUUGGUGUGAGUUUUGGGACGUAUAAUCCAGCAAUUGUGUUGCAGCUUCAGCAGAUAUUUGAUGCUGACUGGGAUUCUCCUUAUGCUGUUCCGGUUCAACCAUUGCAGGAUGGACAUGCGUUUUCAAGCUGAGGUGAUGAAAUAUACCGAAUAAAACAUGCAAUGUGCACUAGGGAUUUGUUUUUGUAUUUUUCUUUAUAUUAUAUUUGUUUGUUAUUAUAGAUGACUGAAUUUUCUCAAUCUGUAACAAGCAUUCCAUAGGUUAGUCCCAAUUGAAAUAUAUCCCUUUGUAGUUGAAUUCUUUGUCCAAUUUCCCCCAAAAGACUUGAAAGAUCA